UCUUUUCUCGUGAGGCACUUGUAAACAACCAGCAGCUGUUCUCCACGUGAACAAAACUGGAGAAGAGGUGGACCGACUUCUUUAUCUUCGCCGACAUCCCGGAAAAUGCCAUUAUUCGUACGCUACAGCCAUUUUCACUUUUGUUUCUUCAAUACCCCCAAUUCUUCGCCUUUUAACACAACCUAAUUCCAAUUUUGUCACAUAAAUUUCCACAUAGUCUUCUGCCUAAAUUUUUGUAUUGUGCUACAUUUAAUGUAGAAUUCCUUCGUAACAUGAUGCAAGAAAGCCUUCAGAACAGCUGCGUCUCCCUUGUUGCUGUGUGGUGGCUGCAGCCGCGCGGGGAGAAUUCAGACUCUGCGGGAACGCUUCAAAGCUUCAUCCAGGGAAAGUUUCUGGUGGAGAUGACUGACAUAUUGCGGCUGGUGAACGAUGAGGACAGGCGGACUCUGCGAGUUUUCUCCCAGCUCUCUAAAAACGAUAUUGACGGUGUUUGGACAGCAAUAUCCUCCUACAUCAAACGUCAGAUGACCUUGCAGAAGGGGGUCCACCUGUCAGGGCUGGGGACCUUCACAUUUUCUAAGCAGGAUUUGGACAUAGGAAACAAGCCCACAAAGAUCCUACAACCCACCUUCAUCGUGGCUGGGAAACUAGUCCAUUCUCUGGGUUUAAAGCAGACCAGACCACUAGCUGCUGCAACACACCUGCCAGUGGUGCAACUGAACUUUGUAGCUGUGUCACAAGAGAUUCCUUUCAGCCGUGAUGAAGUGGAGGGCUGUUAUAGAGAAACUCUUCUACUGCUCUUCAGAGCUUUGGACUCUGAAAAAAAAUUAUCCCUCUUCUUCAAUGGAAUAGGAGUACUGUCCUUUAAGAGUAACAAGGUCCAGAUGAAAUUUAACAGGGAUUUUAUGAACGCAAUGGAAGGAACUGGUAGACAGCUGACAGGCUUAAAAACUAGAGCUGGUAGCAGUGUGUCUUCACUCCCUGAUGGAUUGUCUAAGCCUCAAAGACCCCCGACUGCCGACCCUGUCAUCCUGCCCACUGUCUGCUUUCCUCAGCUUGAUAACAAAGCUGGUGACAAAGAUGGAGAGGGCUUGUCACCAACUCUAAAGUACAAGAAUGCAGGAGAGGUUCCCCAACAGAGAGAGCCUAAAUCCAAUCAGACACUGCAGCCUGCCAAGCUGAAAGCUGUCAGCCUGACUAAGGAACUGAAUCCAAACCCCCCUGUGGAGUCCACAAACAAGCCCACAAUGUCCAACUCACCCCAAAUGGCACCUGCUGAAGUGAAGGAUCAUCUUGAGAAUGUGAGCUGCUUGGGGAACACACAUGUUGGACAAGAACUGUGCUACCUGUGUACACAACGAGAACGAAGAAAUGUUCCAGUGUAUCUGAGGGAGCAGCAGCAGGCAGAGGAAAAAGCUCAAGAGAAACUCUUACUACUCAAUGAACAACUGAGAGACAAGCAUCAAAUGGAGCAAGAACGGGUGAAGUUAACUGAACAGCGUGACCAUGCAAAGCAGGUAGCUGCAUUUAAUAUGCAAAUGUCACAGAAGAAAGAGAAGAUUUCCUGUCCGAUCAUCCCUAAUACAUUUAUCUUUCCGGCUCGGCCCCUCACACCUCCAAGGAGGAUUCAACAGCAUUGUUACAUGAACAAUCUUCUGAGCCAGAUAGAGACCCAACAGAAACACAAGGCUAUAGAGCAACACAACCGUCUUCUCAUGGAGCACCUUGACCAGGUCCAGCUGAUCCAGGAGACAGCUUUGCAGAGGGCUCAGCUGCUCCAGCAGAAACAGGAGAAAACCAAAUAUUACAAGAAGGCUCUGGACAUUCAGAUGGGGAAUAAGAAGUGCAUGCAGAUGCCAGAGUGUCAGCCUGACCACCCAAGGUUCAACCGCUGUGAAAGUGCAGUCAGCAACGCAGAGAGUCGAGAAAGAGCACAGAAGCUCUUUCAGGUAAAUAUUAACACUGCCACUCAGAGGAAGAAGGAAGAACUGCAGAACCGCAAGUUACAGCUGGAGAAAGAAAGGGAAAUGCUAAGACACAACAAAAUGGAGCUUAUACUGGACCGCAUCAGUUUCUUUGAAAAGAAGCGUAACAUCAGUAAGUCACUAGAGGAUGAGUGGGGUCACAGCGUUACACUCAAACAUGAACGAGAGGAGGAGGAGAGGCGCUUUCUGAGGUCUGCCGGUCAGCUCCUUGUUGAUAAACUUACGGAAUACAGGCGUUGCUGUCAGUGUAAGAGGAAGACCUCCAACUGUGGAGAGACCAACAUCUGGAAAGAUUCUCGUCACCUCGCUGGCUCACAGUUCAUGAUCUGAAGAACAAUGAAGGUCAAGACUGACCCUUGGACAGCAGUACCUUAAAUCUGCAAUUCAUCAUGUUAUUAAAUAAUAUAUAUAUGAGGUAUUCUUUGUUGUUAUGGUUAACUGUCUUCUGUUGUAAUGGUUCCUUUGCUGGAUCUGUAUUUGAAAUUCAUGUCUGCUGUAAUUUGAUUUUAAUUAGAUUAUAGUUAUUUUGUCAAUAAGUUAAAAUAUUUCAUGUAACGUGGUUGUACCCAGAUUGGCUUUAUUUCUUUGUGAAAUGGAUUCAGUUAGAUGCAAGAAAUAUUUUAGAGAUAUUUAGGACCAUAUUGACAUGAUGGCAUUACUCAGUUGCUGUGGAUUUGUACUGAAUUUAUAGGCAUGGACAAAUUUGUUAGUACCCUUUGGUUAAUGAAAGAAAAACUCACAAUUGUCACAGAAAUAACUUGAAUCCGACAAAAGUAAUA